GUGCCAAUCGGCGAGUUCACUGAACAACAGUUGACAACCCGUUCGGAAUCCAAGCGGAAAACCAUCAAAAUGUUGGCCACCGUUGUGGUGGUGUUCGCCGUGUGUUGGCUACCGAUCAACGUCUACCACAUAAUCAACGACUUUUUCGCCACCGACUCCCUGUCCGCCAUCAGUAUCAACACAUACCUGGCCUGUCAUUGGCUGGCAUUCAGCUCCGUCUGUUGGAAUCCAUUCAUAUACUUCGGACUCAACCCAUACUAUCGGCACGAAUUGAACAGAAUAUUCUUGAGGGGAAAGCAUAGGAAUGGGUGUAAGGGCUCGUGUAGUAAGGCUAGUAUGUCGUGUGUCUGUGAGGACAUGGAGUUGUAUCCGUUGAGAUGUUAUGAUGAAAAUGAUUAG